AUAAAUUCAUUGCACAUCACCCUAUUUUCUUUCGUAACAAUUGAAUCUUUCUUCUUUCCAUUAAUACCAGUCUCCCUAUUCCUCUAAAAAGAGCACAGAAAUUACAGGAAGAGAGAACAGAAAAACAACUCUGGUGGAUUGCAACCCUAGCUAAUCAUGGCCAGGGGACAAUUAGAGGUGCUUAACGCCCUUGAUGUAGCCAAAACACAAUGGUAUCAUUUCACUGCAAUCAUUAUUGCUGGAAUGGGCUUCUUCACCGAUGCAUAUGAUCUAUUUUGCAUAUCCCUUGUGACAAAAUUGCUUGGCCGCAUAUACUACCAUGUGGAUGGUGCAGCAAAGCCUGGAACGUUGCCUCCUAAUGUGUCAGCUGCUGUAAAUGGUGUAGCAUUCUGUGGAACUCUUGCAGGACAACUGUUCUUUGGUUGGCUUGGUGACAAGAUGGGCAGAAAGAAAGUUUAUGGCAUGACUCUUAUGGUUAUGGUGAUAUGUUCAGUUGCCUCAGGUCUUUCCUUUGGCCAUAGUGCUAAAGGUGUCAUGGCAACUCUUUGCUUCUUCAGAUUCUGGCUUGGGUUUGGCAUUGGUGGUGACUACCCACUUUCUGCCACCAUCAUGUCAGAAUAUGCGAACAAGAAGACUCGAGGUGCCUUCAUAGCUGCUGUAUUUGCUAUGCAGGGCUUCGGAAUUCUAGCCGGUGGUAUAUUUGCACUUAUUAUUUCUUCAGCAUUCAUGGCUAGGUUUGAUGCCCCAGCGUAUGAGGUUGACGCAGUGGCCUCAACUGUUCCGGAAGCAGACUACGUCUGGCGAAUUAUUCUAAUGGUUGGAGCUCUUCCAGCUGCACUUACUUACUACUGGAGGCUAAAGAUGCCAGAGACUGCUCGUUACACUGCCCUAGUUGCCAAGAAUGCAAAGCAGGCUGCAUCUGAUAUGUCAAAAGUUUUGCAAGUGGAUCUUGAUGCAGAGGAACAGAAGGUUCAGAAAUUGGCUGAUGAUAAAUCCAAUUCAUUUGGACUGUUCAGCAAAACAUUUCUUCGUCGCCAUGGACUUCACUUGCUUGGAACAACAACCACAUGGUUCUUGCUUGACAUUGCAUUUUACAGCCAAAAUCUAUUUCAAAAGGAUAUUUUCAGUGCAAUUGGGUGGCUUCCUCCAGCAAAGGCCAUGAAUGCCAUUCAAGAAGUGUUCAAAAUUGCCAGGGCUCAAACUCUUAUUGCUCUUUUGAGUACUGUUCCGGGCUACUGGUUUACUGUAUUUUUCAUUGAUAAGAUGGGCAGAUUUGCAAUCCAAUUGAUGGGUUUCUUCUUCAUGACAGUCUUUAUGUUUGCCUUGGCCAUUCCGUAUGACCACUGGACUCACAAGGACAACAGAAUUGGAUUUGUGAUAAUGUACUCCCUAACCUUUUUCUUUGCAAACUUUGGACCUAAUGCCACCACAUUCGUUGUCCCAGCAGAGAUUUUCCCAGCCAGAUUGAGGUCUACUUGUCAUGGCAUAUCAGCAGCAUCUGGGAAACUGGGUGCUAUAGUGGGUGCUUUUGGAUUCUUAUAUUUGGCUCAGAACAAGGACAAAAACAAGACAGAUGCAGGGUACCCUCCUGGUAUUGGUGUAAGGAAUUCACUUAUUGUAUUGGGUGUAGUUAACUUUUUUGGCUGCUUAUUCACUUUGUUGGUACCAGAAUCUAAAGGAAAGUCAUUGGAGGAGAUGUCGGGUGAGAAUGAGGAUGUUGGUGCUGAAGAAGAUCAGCCUGCUGCUCAUAAUAAUAGGACAGUUCCAGUUUAGGCUGUCUCUAAGCAGGCCUUCCUAUUAUGAUAUUGAACUGUAAACCUUUAGUGUUUUGUCAUUGGAAGAUCUGAAUUGUCUUUUUUUUUUUAUAGUAAUGUUUUAAAAGUUUCAAAUGAGAAUGCACGGUAUGAAUCAUAUGACUGUUUCUUCUAAGUUUUAAGUUUAAUUGAAUAACUUCUUCAGCUUGUUAA